CACUGAUCUGGGGUUUUUGAGUCAUUUUUCUGGGUUUUAGCCAUCUGGGUGUCCUUUUAGCUAUAGAUUUAUUGAUUUUGCUAGUAGGAUCAAUUGAUAAUCUAGAGCAAUCCGGAUUCGAGCCGGGGCAUUUCUUAAUCCAACAAGUUGGAUUUUUACUGUUGUGAAUCUUGUGAUAUUGUUAAUUUAUUCUAUAUCCAUUGAAGUUUUCCCAGAAAAUUUGGAAAUUUGGUUGAGUUGUGAAAACUUUCAGUUGAAUGGCUCGAUUGGUUUUACCAUGCAAAGGUCCUGCUUUAUCGAAGACCAAUUUUCUGGGAUUGGUUUCAUCUUCUCCUCUUCAGGCUUUGUCUCGAGUUAAUUGUGUUCAGCGCCCGGUUAAGAACCUCACAAGAUUUAGAAAGUUUCUUAGUUUAGAGACGAGCUUGCGAAGGAAUUGUCAUUUCUCAUAUCCUGCUCUCUAUAGGAGUCAAGAAGUCAAUAGAAGACUUAUCUGUUCAGUUGCAACUGAACCAUCGCCAAAGCAAGCUGAAGACUUGAACAUGGAGGCUCCAAAAGAAAUCUUCCUGAAAGACUACAAGAAGCCUGCUUACUUUUUUGAUACUGUCGAUUUGAAAUUUUUGUUGGAUGAAGAUAAGACCCAUGUCUUCUCAAAAAUAUCUGUCUUCCCUGCAGAUGAAGCUUCUGCCUCUUCUCCUCUAAUCUUGGAUGGUUCGGAUUUGAAGCUUGUCUCAGUCAAGAUUGAUGGGAAAGAUCUAAAUGAGGGAGAAUUCCAUGUGGAUUCACGCCAUCUGACACUUACAUCACCACCGACUGAAAAAUUCACAUUAGAAAUUGUUACUGAAAUAUACCCUCAAAACAACACAUCAUUAGAGGGUCUAUAUAAGUCUUCUGGAAAUUUCUGUACACAAUGCGAAGCGGAGGGUUUCCGCAAAAUAACUUUUUUUCAGGAUCGUCCUGAUAUUAUGGCAAAAUACACAGUUCGCUUGGAAGCUGAUAAAACCAAGUAUCCAGUCUUGUUGUCCAAUGGAAAUCUCGUUGGGCAAGGGGAUAUUGAGGGUGACAAGCAUUUUGCUAUUUGGGAGGAUCCAUACAAAAAGCCGUGUUAUUUAUUUGCCUUGGUUGCUGGUCCUCUGGAGAGCAGAGAUGAUACUUUUGUUACUCGUUCUGGCCGUAAUGUGACCCUCAGGAUCUGGACUCCCGCUGAUGACUUGUCUAAAACAGCACAUGCCAUGUACUCUCUUAAGGCAUCCAUGAAGUGGGAUGAGGAUGUUUUUGGUUUGGAAUAUGACUUGGAUCUGUUUAAUAUUGUCGCUGUACCAGAUUUCAACAUGGGAGCCAUGGAAAACAAGAGUUUAAAUAUUUUCAAUUCUAAGCUUGUAUUGGCAACCCCAGAAACUGCUUCUGAUGCAGAUUAUGCUGCAAUUUUAGGUGUAAUUGGUCAUGAGUACUUCCACAACUGGACUGGAAAUAGAGUUACAUGUCGUGACUGGUUCCAGCUCAGCCUAAAGGAAGGACUAACCGUCUUCCGUGAUCAGGAAUUUUCAUCUGACAUGGGAAGCCGCCCUGUAAAGCGGAUUGCUGAUGUCUCAAAGCUUCGGAGUUAUCAAUAUCCCCAGGAUUCAGGUCCUAUGGCUCAUCCGGUGCGACCACAUUCCUACAUUAAGAUGGACAACUUCUACACAGUUACGGUGUAUGAAAAGGGAGCAGAAGUAGUCAGGAUGUAUAAAACCUUGCUGGGGAGCCAAGGGUUCCGAAAGGGAAUGGAUUUAUAUUUUAAGAGGCAUGAUGGCCAAGCUGUAACUUGUGAAGAUUUCUAUGCUGCCAUGAGGGAUGCAAAUAGUGCAGAUUUUGCAAAUUUUUUGCUUUGGUACUCACAAGCUGGGACACCAAUUGUGAAAGUCACUUCAUCUUAUGACGCCGAAAAGCGCACAUUUGCAUUGAAAUUUAGCCAAGAGGUGCCACCAACUCCUGGCCAGUCAACCAAAGAGCCCAUGUUCAUUCCAGUUGCAAUUGGUUUAUUGGAUUCUCAUGGAAAAGACAUGCCCUUGUCAUCUGUUUACCAUGAUGGCAAACUGGAGUCGGUGGCUAUUGAUGGGAAGCCGGUCCAUACAACUGUUCUUCGAGUAACAAAGAAGGAAGAAGAAUUUGUGUUUUCUGAUGUGGCUGAGCAGCCAGUUCCAUCUUUGUUGAGGGGCUUCAGUGCACCUAUCCGUCUUGAAUCUGAUCUGUCAGAUAGUGAUCUCUCUUUCCUCCUUGCCCAUGAUUCAGAUGAAUUUAACCGUUGGGAGGCUGGACAGAUCCUGGCCAGGAAAUUGAUGCUUAGCUUAGUUGCAGACUUCCAACAAAACAAGCCUCUACAUUUGAAUGCAAAUUUUGUUGAUGGGCUCAGAAGCAUUCUAUGCGACAAUAGUUUGGAUAAAGAAUUCAUCGCAAAGGCUAUAACUCUCCCUGGAGAAGGGGAGAUCAUGGAUAUGAUGGCGGUUGCAGAUCCUGAUGCUGUUCAUGCAGUCCGGACUUUCAUCAAAAAGGAACUUGCGUUGCAGCUGAAAACUGACUUGCUCCGCACAGUCCUAGAAAACAAGAGCUCUGAGCAAUAUGAGUUUAACCACUCUAAUAUGGCCAGACGGGCACUAAAGAACAUUUCACUUGCAUAUCUUACAUCCCUUGACGAUCCAGAACUCACUGAGCUUGCAGUGAAUGAAUAUAAAGCAGCAACAAACAUGACUGAUCAAUUUGCAGCUCUGGCAGCCAUUACCCAGAACCCUGGUAAAACCCAUGACGAAGUUCUGGCUGACUUUUACAACAAGUGGCAACAUGAAUUUUUGGUCGUCAACAAAUGGUUUGCACUUCAAGCAGUAUCAGAUGUUCCCGGGAAUGUUGAGAAUAUUAAGAAGCUAUUAGACCACCCAGCAUUUGACCUUCGCAAUCCAAACAAGGUCUACUCUUUGAUAGGCGGAUUUUGUGGGUCCCCUGUGAACUUCCAUGCGAAAGAUGGAUCAGGAUACCAAUUCUUGGGAGAGUUGGUGGUUCAGCUAGACAAAAUCAACCCUCAGGUGGCUUCAAGGAUGGUGUCUGCAUUCUCUCGAUGGAAGCGUUAUGAUGAAACCCGUCAAAACCUUGCUAAGGCACAGCUAGAGAAGAUUAUGUCUGCUAAUGGACUAUCCGAGAAUGUUUUCGAGAUUGCUUCCAAGAGUUUGGCUGCUUAAAAUGGUUCUCCUAGACUUGUAGCAGUGUUGAUGAUGAUCUUUUAGAUUUUUUUUCUUGUUGAUGAAAAACUGGAUAAUAGUUUCCAAUUUUGGAAAUGCUGCUAGUUCAAUACAGGUUUUCAUUCUUCCCUUUA